AUGCUUCGCGGAAACUCAAUCAAGCUCCUCACAGGGAACAGCCAUCCAGAGCUCGCUCAGGCUGUAGCCGAGCGGCUUAACAUUCAGCUCACGCCAUGCGUCGUCAGGAAGUUCUCGAACGGCGAGACAAGUGUGAAGAUUAGCGAGUCCAUUCGAGAGGAGGACGUGUUCAUCAUCCAGAGCGGUUCCGGAGACGCGAAUGAUAACCUAAUGGAACUGCUUAUCCUCAUUUCUGCGUGCAAAACUGCCUCUGCGCGUCGAAUCACUGCCGUCAUUCCGUGUUUCCCAUAUGCGCGUGCUGAUAAGAAGGACAAGUCGCGGGCGCCUAUCACGGCAAAGCUGGUUGCGAAUAUGCUAGUGGUUGCUGGUUGCGACCACGUUAUUACGAUGGACCUCCAUGCCAGCCAAAUCCAGGGUUUCUUCGAUAUUCCUUGUGAUAAUUUAUUCUCCGAGCCUUUGAUGAUUGGCUACAUCAAACGUGAGAUUGAUGGCUGGAAAAACGGGAUUGUUGUUACACCAGAUGCUGGGGGUGCAAAACGUGCGACCGCCAUUGCAGACAAGCUGGGCAUUGAGUUUGCUCUCAUUCAUCGGCAACGCAAAAAUGGCAAUGGUCCCGAGCAGAUGCACAUUCUUGUUGGAGAGGUCAGGGACAAGGUUGCUAUUCUCGUGGAUGACAUGAUUGACACCGGCACUACGCUUUCCUUAGCCGCCAACGCGUUGAAAGAUGGCGGCGCAAGCGCUAUUUACUGCCUUGUCUCUCAUGGUCUGCUAUCAGAAACGAACUUCGCGCUCCUCGAAUCACUUCCAAUAAAAGAGCUAGUCGUUACAAACACUGUUCCUCAAAAGCAGCAUUGCGAUGGCUUAUCAAAACUUCACGUUAUAGAUAUCUCCUCCACCAUCUCGGAGAGUAUCCGCCGAACGCAUAAUGGCGAGAGUAUAUCAUUACUGUUUGGGGACUGGUUAGGAGCUGGCGCGAACUAG